AUGAAUAUACGGGCUGCAAAUACCGUGUGGCCUGUUGGCUGCAUUCGUGAGCAUUUAUUGGUAGAUGCUUCGUCGCAAAUGAUUCAAAUAGCUGAGUUUCUACUAAGCAAGCCUGAAGGAUAUCGGGCCAAUGCCUUUGAGCCAUUGUUCCCCGGCCUAUAUUGCCGUCACUACUUUCCUCGUGGCCCGGAUAAGUAUGACCUCGUAAUCUCCGCUUAUGCGCUUAUCGAGCAGCCUGACAAAAGCUAUCGCAAGAAGCUUAUCUCUGAUCUUUGGGAAAAGACGGCUACUUUCCUUGUUAUAAUGGAACAAGGUACAAAAGCCGGUUUUUCUGCUAUUUUGGAAGCCAGGGAUGUCCUUGUAAGCUUACUAAUUUUUGCGAUAUUUAAUUAUGCUAUCAUAUAUUUAUGGAACUAG